UGAAAAGUGUGACAUGCAGAGUGUCGCCAUCAUUAGUGGAACAGAAUGAAGACUCUCAUCUCAGUGACCUUAUGUUUCAUAGUUUACAUUAGUUUUAAUGUAGCAAAUACGUUUGGCGAGAGUGGAAGACACCUUAUUUAUACACCAGGAUGUGUACUUCAAUUUGCAGUUGGCUUUGCUGCUCCUACAAAAGUGACAUACAGAUCGUUGGCGGCCAAUGGGGGAAUCCUACUCAACAUGAACCUGCCUUCAAACCUUAGUCACUUCUUUUCACCGUAUGACAGAAAGCAGCGUAUAAUUGACCACUCCAUAAUCGAGGACCUUCAUGAAAUGUUCGGAUUGAAGGCCAGGAAUUGCAUGGAGAAAACUGUAUGUCAAUUGAGAGAUGCUUCAGUUAUUGGAAAGAAUAUUUUCUCGAAGGCACUUCAAAUUCUUGCCAUGCCGAAACUCACAAAUUCUUCUCUAUUGGACAACUGUGGAGAAUAUUACUCAAACUGCCCUUACAGCCUGGUUGAUAUGGUUAGCGAAGUCUACCGAGCAACGGAUCAACUUUACACUCUAUUGUAAAUUGUAAUAGGAAAUAAACUUUUUGUUGAACUCAUUUCACCAA